CGUGUGUUUGUGUCUUGUCGGAAGCAUGAAGUAGCUACCAACAGGCAGCGGACGGGAGUUUUUGUAUCUUUUAUUUUGUGAAUUCAACUUCAAGCGGGCUUCUCCUGAUUCAAGAUGUCACGGGGCUCCAUUGAGAUCCCUCUACGGGACACAGAUGAGGUUAUUGAGCUCGACUUUGACCAGCUGCCAGAGGGAGACGAGGUCAUCAGUAUCUUAAAGCAGGAACACACACAGCUGCACAUCUGGAUUGCUUUGGCGUUGGAGUACUACAAACAGGGCAAAACAGAGGAUUUUGUCAAGCUUUUAGAGGCAGCACGUAUUGAUGGAAACCUCGACUACAGAGACCAUGAAAAGGACCAGAUGACCUGUCUGGACACACUGGCAGCUUACUAUGUCCAACAAGCACGUAAAGAGAAAAACAAAGAUGCCAAGAAGGAGCUCAUCACACAGGCCACUCUGCUCUAUACUAUGGCCGAUAAGAUCAUCAUGUAUGAUCAGAACCAUCUGUUGGGUCGAGCCUGUUUCUGCCUGCUGGAAGGAGACAAGAUGGACCAGGCCGAUGCUCAGUUCCACUUUGUCCUCAAUCAGUCCACCAAUAACAUCCCUGCUUUGCUUGGUAAGGCCUGCAUCUCCUUCAAUAAAAAGGAUUACAGAGGAGCACUGGCAUACUACAAAAAGGCUCUGCGAACAAACCCUGGCUGUCCAGCUGAGGUAAGGCUAGGGAUGGGCCACUGUUUUGUCAAACUCAACAAACUGGAGAAGGCUCGUUUGGCUUUCGGUCGAGCGCUAGAGCUUAAUUCAAAGUGCGUGGGAGCGCUUGUUGGUUUGGCAGUUUUAGAGCUCAACAAUAAAGAGGCGGACUCCAUCAAGAACGGAGUGCAGCUCUUGUCACGGGCUUACACCAUCGACCCCAGCAACCCCAUGGUGCUCAACCAUCUCGCCAACCAUUUCUUCUUCAAAAAGGACUACAGUAAAGUGCAGCAUCUCGCCCUUCACGCUUUCCAUAACACAGAAGUCGAGGCCAUGCAGGCUGAGAGCUGCUAUCAGUUAGCUCGCUCAUUUCAUGUGCAGGAGGACUAUGAUCAAGCAUUUCAGUAUUACUACCAGGCCACUCAGUUUGCUUCGUCCACCUUUGUGCUGCCCUUUUUUGGUCUGGGACAGAUGUAUGUGUAUCGAAGAGACAAAGAAAACGCAGCACAGUGCUUUGAAAAGGUUCUGAAGGCCUACCCCAAUAACUAUGAAACUAUGAAAAUCCUGGGUUCCCUCUAUGCAACAUCUGACGAUCAGGAAAAGAGAGAUAUUGCAAAAGGCCACUUGAAGAAGGUAACAGAGCAAUACCCAGAUGAUGUGGAGGCAUGGAUCGAGCUGGCUCAGAUCCUGGAACAAACUGACAUCCAAGGAGCUCUGUCUGCUUACGGCACAGCAACCCGAAUCCUGCAGGAGAAGGUGCAGGCAGACGUUCCCCCUGAGAUCCUCAACAACCUGGGGGCUCUGCACUUCAGGCUGGGCAACCUGGGGGAAGCCAAGAAAUAUUUUCUAGCAUCUCUGGACCGAGCCAAAGCUGAAGGAGAGCAUGACGAGCAUUACUACAAUGCCAUUUCUGUCACCACCUCCUACAAUCUGGCCCGUCUGUACGAGGCUAUGUGUGAAUUCCACGAAGCUGAGAAACUCUACAAAAACAUCCUCAGGGAGCAUCCUAACUAUGUGGACUGUUAUUUGCGUCUUGGAGCGAUGGCUCGUGACAAAGGAAACUUCUACGAAGCCUCUGACUGGUUCAAAGAAGCCCUGCAGAUUAAUCAGGAUCACCCAGAUGCCUGGUCCCUGAUUGGAAACCUUCACUUGGCCAAGCAGGAAUGGGGACCUGGUCAAAAGAAGUUUGAGCGCAUCCUGAAGCAGCCGUCCACGCAGAACGACACCUACUCCAUGCUGGCUCUGGGUAACGUGUGGCUGCAGACUCUGCAUCAGCCCACCAGAGAUCGGGAAAAGGAAAAGAGACACCAGGAUCGUGCCCUGGCCAUAUACAAACAAGUCCUGCGAAAUGAUGCCAAGAAUCUCUAUGCUGCCAAUGGCAUCGGUGCCGUCCUUGCCCACAAGGGCUAUUUCAGAGAGGCGCGUGAUGUGUUUGCUCAAGUGAGGGAGGCCACAGCAGACAUCAGUGAUGUCUGGUUAAAUCUGGCUCACAUCUACGUGGAGCAGAAGCAGUACAUCAGCGCUGUGCAGAUGUAUGAGAACUGCCUGAAGAAAUUUUACAAAUAUCAGAACACGGAGGUGCUGCUGUACCUCGCAAGAGCACUCUUCAAAUGUGGAAAACUCCAAGAGUGCAAACAGAUGCUGCUGAAGGCCCGCCACGUGGCACCCAGUGACACGGUGCUGAUGUUCAAUGUGGCCCUGGUGCUGCAGAGACUGGCCACUCUAGUGCUGAAAGAUGAGAAGAGUAACCUGAAGGCUGUGCUCAGUGCUGUCAAAGAGCUCGAGUUGGCUCACAGGUAUUUCAGCUACCUCAGCAAGGCCGGAGACAAGAUGAGGUUUGACCUCGCUCUUGCUGCGUCUGAGGCCAGGCAGUGCUCUGACCUGCUGAGUCAGGCUCAGUACCACGUUGCAAGAGCCAGGAAACAAGAUGAAGAGGAGAAGGAACUUCGGGCCAAACAAGAACAGGAGAGGGACCUGCUGCGCCAACAGUUGCUAAAAGAACAGGAGGAAAAGCGGAACAAAGAAGCAGAAGAACAGAAGAAGCUCCUGGAGCAGAGAGCUUUGUAUGUGGAGAAGACCAAGAACCUGCUCACCUUCGCAGAGGGAUCAAAGGAAAUGGCCAAAGAAAAGAAGAAGUCUGGUGGUGGUGGUGGAGGAGGUCGGCGUAAGAAAGGUGGCGACAUGGAUGAGUUUGUUAACGACGACUCUGACGAGGACCUGCCAGUGAAGAAGAAGAAGAAAAGAAAGGGCGGCAGUGGCAGUGAACAAGAGGAGGGUGAGGAUGGAGAGAAGAAGAAAAAGAAGAGGAGGAGACCAAUUAAAGGAGGAGAUGAAGACAGUGAUGAUGAGGAAGGAGCAUCACGACCCAAGAAGCAGCGUAAACCCAAAGAGGGACGCAAAAAGAUUGAAAAGCCCCAGCCUGAGCGUAUGCCACCGUCCCUUAAAGGAAAGAUCAAGUCUAAGGCGAUCAUCUCGUCUUCUGAGUCCUCUUCAGAUGAGGAUGGAUUGAAAAUAGCUGAGGACAGACAACAACGAGACAGCGGUUCAGGCUCCGACGAUGAGGGCGGCCACAGGAAGCGCAUCGCAUCAGACAGCGACUCCGAUGGCGGUAGGAACCGAUCAGGCAGCGAGGCGGGCAGCCCUCGGCGCUCUGGAGGCUCAGAGGAUGAUGAGUCGGGCAGCGACCGUCCAGUGAAGAAGAGGAGGGUGCAGUCCGACUCGGAGCAGUCAGACAACGAGAGCAAGAGGAGUCGGUCGGGAUCAGACGAUGAGUCGAGGGCUGGUUCGCCCGUCGCAGCGUCAGACCGAGGGUCCGACAGGGGCUCUGAAGCAGGAUCAGACAACGAGGGCUCCCCGCGCCGCUCUGCUUCAGAACAGGAAGGCUCCAACAACGAGGAUGACGACAGCGAUUAAACUGUCAAAUCACUCGCAAAGACUCAUGUAAUACUGAGAAAACUCCUCACUUAUACAUUUUUAUUUUCUAUUAAAAGCACGGAUAUCAGCCUGUGUAAUUACUUUAGUCUAGAAAAAUGUCUUUUUGUAUGUGAGUGUGGGGCAGGGGUACAGCAUUAUGGUCUAUUGGUCAUAUCUUACUGGAAAUGUCUUUUCACAGAUACUGCGCUUCUUUGGAGAUGUUUAGUUAAACAUAGAUGAAAUGAUGCAGUUAUAUAAAAAAAAGCACACACAAACUAUUUUGUAUCUCAGAUGGUUAGAUGAGACAGUGACCUGAAACUGGGAUGAUACGUCAAUGAAAUGUCAAAUAAAAAAAAAAAAAAAAAACAGCAAAGAAUUGUGUAAGACUGCUUCAUUCUGGUCCUAUGUCACACUAAUGUUGACCUAACAAAUACUUUAAACUUUGUUGCUUCUAAUAAGCUGGAAGUAAACAAACAAAAAAAAAAAACUGAUAAGAUGCGGGUGGACUGCUCUACUACAUGAUAAAUUUGUGGUUGGAAAAUCGUGUCCUGUGACUCAAAUCUCCCAAGCUGAAUUUUCGCUUUGACUACACAAACGUAUCAGUUACACUUUUUUUUUUCAAACUUUUUUAGAUGGAAAACAAGGCUUUUAACAAUUAACAGACCCACAACAUAUGUACUCUCAACAAAAAAAAAUCUCAGACUGACAACAUAAGACACCUGUAUCUCCACCAUGCUAGUAUCAGGUAAUUUAAAGGCUUGAUAAUGCAGCUAGUUAUUUGAAUCUAAACCCAAAAUUUGUGAUUUUUGACAUAUUGCAUAUCACUGUACCGACAGGUCACGUGGACAAGAUAAAUUUAUAUUAAACAGGUUGAAAUAAAGCAACAGCAUUUAUUUAGUUGUGGAAGCCGGCAUAGCUGGGCUACAUCCCAUAUUAGAACCAUCUGUAAUGAGCAACAUACAGCCUUAAAUUAAGUCAUCUCAUCUUGUACAUCUUAACAAGGUCAAGAUGAUCCACCCCAAAUGACCCCAGUUUUCACAAACAAGUCUUUAAACAGAAAACUGUGGGGGGAAAAAAUCUUCAAGACACAAAAAUGAACUGUUAAACUUUAUUUCAAGGUCUGAUCUGUAGUUGUACACUCAACUUCUUGCACUCGACGUUACAGUGACACUCCAGAAGAAGGUGUAAAUGUACACAUACAGUACAUUCUUUGUAAUUUCAUGAAGAUAAAAAGACCAUUUAAGAACUUGACAAAUAUGGCAAACAGACGUAAAAUUUCCACGAGUGGUGAACAACCGUAGCAAAGCAAACUAAGCUUUGGCUGUCUCAAUGUAAAAACCGAGACAUUCAAGUAUAGUCCGAGAUACAUUAGAGGUAUAUCCAUAUGAAUUGAUAAAUAAAAAAAAAAGAAAAAAAAAAAGGCCACACAGAAUCAUUCCUAACAGCGCUAAACGUUUUAUACUUAAAAACAAGCUCUUGAUUCAUCAAACUUAAUGUGGGUAACUGAAAUCAUUGUGCGAGUAAAAUAGGUCACUACGGUUAUGGACAUAAUCAAAUCCGGAUUAAAAUUUUUCAGACAAAUGGCCUAUUUUCAAGCACAAAGUAACCAUUAUAAUCAUGGCAGCCAACAACUGCAACUCAAGAUUGUUUUAAAGAAUCAAGGAAAGAAUAUUUUACUAUUGCAACGACUCAUGAUGUUCAGCAAAGUGCAUCUAAAAACUGAUUAACAAAUGUAGAUAAAACAAGGAGAGAAGUCUCUUUGCAUCAUGUUAGAGUCUUUUCUCUUUUGUAAACAGUUUUUAAGUAAAUAGUUAUGGCAGCACUUGGUGACUCCUACCAGAUGUCAGAAAGGUGAUAAAAUGGGUCAAGUUCUGGUGCUGGUGCUUUUUUUUCCCCCCUGCCAAACGCUGCCUACUCUUAAAGGAAACAUAACCCAAGAUAAUUGAAAUGUAUAAAACAUCUGCUGUAGGAAAUCAAACAGGAUAGAAAAUGAGAAUAAAGCAUAAAUAUAAUAAGAUUGUGGUGAUUCUGUCUUGAUCGGGCAAAACAUUUCAUAGUGGAAUGAAUUGUAACAGCGGUUACAAGAAGAGAAGGAAAGCGAUAGAAGGAAGGGACACAUGAAUACAAAAAAAAAUGAAAAAAAUAAAUCACUCAUUGCAUCCUGAUAACACAUGGCUUUGGCCUGUUUCUCAGUAAUCUUCAUCCUCUGACUCCUCUUCCUCUGCAGUCUCCAGCCAGGUCAGCCACUGGUUCACCUG